AUGGAUGUGGAAUCUUCAGCUAAGAUAUCAUGGCGGAAAAUAUUGACUUUCAAAUGUGUGAAAUUGAAACAAAUUGACGAGAACAUCCAAUACGAGAUGGAAAAAAGUGUGAAAGUAUUAUUAGUCUUAAGUCCAGACUUUCUGAAUAGCCAUUGGUGUGACAUGGAGGCUAGAUUAGCUGUUCAAAUGUCAUUCGACCAGAAGUUUAGUUUGAGAAUAAUUCCUUUGAUAUUACAUGGCUUAGAUACUGACAACGAUUUACCACCAUUCUUGAAACCGUAUGUGUGCAUUAAUGCCAGAAAAGAGAGCGAUGUAUCUGCAAAAAUACAUGAAGCAUACUAUCAUUCAGGAGUUGUAGAUGCUGUCCAUCAGGCUGAAUUAGAAUCCAGAUUUGUUGAGGAUAAUAGAAAUCAGAAUGGGGCUCCACUGAUAGAGUUGGAAGGAAAAUUGAAGACCUCUGCAUGCUUUAACGCCUCCCAUUUUGAAUUUCCAGAGUUAACAGAAUCAGACUACCGUACAUUAAAUUCAGUGCAGGUUCAGAAACAGUUGGAACAUAUUCUUGAUUUUGCAAAUGCAUCUUUUUUCUUGAGGAAUUACAGGAUAUUUAAAAAUGGCAUGUUCCAGUGCGGAGUAACUGCACUGUUAAGUCUUUCGGUGACAUUUCUUUACAUUUCUAUCGGACUUCUAGACACGUUUUUGAACAGAAAUGUAAACGACAUGUGGAAUGUACAUGUUACACCUGGAAUUGUUUUCGGAUUCUUCUCCUUUCCAUUGACACUGUUUAUAGUUCGAAAAGUCCGUAAGAAGCUGAUUGAGUUCCUUCGCAAGAAUAUGUGGGAUAAGAGCUUAGAACACUUUGACAACAGUAAGUGUUUGGUACUGCUGGAUGUAACAGACUUGGGAAUUCCAAAGUUUAUGGACAAGGCAAAGAAAAUGAUUCUUAAAAGACUUCAGGAAUGGAAUGAACGAGGACGCUUAGUGAACUGGUAUUCCUUAGAGAGCGAAGCAUAUAACAGACACAAUACUUGGUUGAGAAAAGCAUGUGUGUGUCAAGUAUUAGAGAGAGACGUCAAACCUCGUUUGGAUGAUGUCGUGGAAGUUUAA